AUGCUCGAGUUGGAUUUUAGCGACGAUUCAGCAAGUCCAUCAAAUGCAAUGUCACCUCUCUCCGAAAUAGCGCUCUUGGAGCCGUUCACUCUUUCCACGUAUCCUGAAGAUCAUUCCCUAGUCUUUUACUCUUUGAAGAAUACCCAGUUAAUCUGCAUGAGCCGCAUACAGCCAAUCCUGGGCUCACCCACCACCGUUGACAGAUACGUCUCGGAUCCUGACACCAUAGAGGAUUAUAGGAAAAUUGUUGAGCGAUCUAUGGAAGAAUGGGUGUUAACUGAGAUUAGUAACUCAGAGAAACUAUACCUCCUCCAUGGUCGCAAGGAGCCAAGGAAGGGAAAGGCACCAGUGCAGCACAGAGACGCCCUUGUCUCGAUUGUACUAUCGACACACAAGCUAGCGGUGGAACAACUAAGAUGGACUACACCCACUACUGAGCGUGAAUGGCGGACGUCGAGACCCCCGAACAUGUAUUAUUUCGUUGCGUCGGAGACGAAAACAGUGACGACGAACUGGGGACAGAUGAAGAGAAGGCGAUGGUGCUACCGAUGUACCGACCUUAACGAGGGACUGCAGAUGGCAGUCCUGGAGGCCUUCAACUGGACUCUAGGUUCUAUCCAGCAACUUAAAGUUGACCGUGAGCUCGGCCUUUGGUUCGGUUGGGGGUAUCAGUGGAUAAUUAACCAACAUGCCAAAUUGGAUGGCCGUGUUAAGAUCACUAUUGAUUCGUCAGAAUCCGAGAAGAACAAGAAGCAAAACUCGUUUGCUGCCACCUGGGCGGGUGAAUUCUUCGUGGGCAUACUUGAGAUAUUCAAUGGACAUUCCACUGCGGUGAGGCAUGGCAAAGCCUUUACCACGAAGCUGGGGUGGGCAAGUGCUGUUCAAUACGUAUGGCUGGAAAGGGAGGGCGAACAAAGCAUUGGACAAUGUGUCAUCGAUAACCUGGAUAACAUGGAGAACUACGAGCAUAAAUGGUGUUAG